CAAAAAGCAAAGCCCAAUGAACGCUGCAUGAACGCCCAUCGGUGUCCAGUUCUUUGGUGGUUUCUUUGCUGGCCCGUCCGGCCCCAUGGAAAGCAGCAAGAGCGGCUCCGCCCCUGCUGUGCUCUCUGGAGCGGCUCAGCCCAGUCGCUUGGCCACCUUAGGCUAUUGGGCCAUUGCGCUGGGACAUGGGUGGAUUCUGUGGGUUCACGCUGUGGCCACUGGUGCUGAAGCGAUGCUGUUCACCACUCUGGCAGUUGUGGAAUGCGCGUUAGCCAUGGAGGCUGCAGUCUAUGCCAUCGGCAGUUGGGGUCACCAAUUUGGUUUGCCUUUGCUUACCCUGCUGGGGCGGGUGAGGUUGCUCGGUGCGGCGAUGGCAUGGCCAUGGCUGUUGGUGUGGGCUUCUGAGCUGAGUUGUCGUUGUGGAACUGUCACACUGGAGACAGGACACUGGUUGAGGCAGUUGACCCUUGUCUUGGCCGGGCUCUUGACCGCCUUCUAUCUUUGGGGCGAAAUGCAGUUGGCGCUUUUUUGUGCUCCUCCAGCAACAGAGGACUCGGUCAUGGGCUGCUUGCCGAGUCCGGUGCUCGGUAGCCAGUUUCGACUGGACAAGGCAGACCUGGAAGAGACUGGACGAGCUGUCUUCGUUCCGGCGCAACCGCGGAAAGCCCUCUAUGCAGGAGCUGGAUUGGCUCUCAUGGGACAUUUGGCUUUUGGUGUGGCCUUUGCACACCAAGCCUUUCCGCCCUGGCUACUCUUCGGCUCCACGCUGGCCUUCCUCGGCCGAUGGUUUGGCCAACUUCCACCCGCACCUCGGGAUGGCAGUGGGGACUUGUCUCGGAACCAUUUGAGACACGUUGAAACAACGGACCGAAACAACAUCUAUAUACUUUUUUGGGGGUGACUUACUUGGUCUUAAGUCUUAUAUAUAUAUAUUCAAUUGUAUUCAUAUUCAGAAAGUUGGGUGCAUUGGCGCAGUCUUCCAGAUAUGUUGUGCUCGAUGGUGGGCUCCACGAGCCAGACCACCAAGUCAGGCCAUAUCUGUUUGCUGUAUCCCGCAACGUGCCCAAAUUUGCUAUAGGAUGCUAUAGUAGGUGUGCUGCUGCUUUAUGACAUUGUAUAGGGAUGCAUAGGGUAUAGACUAGGGUAUAGUAGUGGGAUGUAGAUGGAUGUAUAUAGUGGUAUAGUAAGUCGGGCGUUUCACGACUGCCCCGGUGUCCGCCGUUCCCAGGUGGCCAAGAAGGAGCGAGGCGUCGAAGCCGACUGUGUAAGCAUUUGGCGACGAGAAGCUCCUCGAUUGGCGUGCCGUGUUGGAGAGCUCCUGUGGAUUUGGUCUUGUGUCUCUGAACUCCAACGUUGUGAGGCAUCUCCCCAAUGGCUUCAACACUGCGCGUCCUAGGCUGAGCGCAGCACCGUACUGCGGAGACCGGUUCACGUGCCCAUUGGCGCCGUGGUGGACCAUGAAACACCACCCUUACAAGGAUGUUGCCCUUUUGAGUCUAUAGUCUGAAGAUAUGUGCGAAGACUGGGAUAAAGAUGCAGAAUGCGACAGCAAAUGCUUUUCUCGUUUGGGUUAAGCCUUUGCGUGCAUGUGCGGGUGCUUCAGACCUGCACCCUGGCAAAGCAUCUGAAGGCCUGCAUUACAGGCAAAGCCUCUCAUUUCUGAAUGCCUUCUCAGGAUGGACAGCUGUAGAUCGGCAGACUAGA